GGAGAGAGAGAGGAAGGGAGAGAGAAAGAGGGAGAGAGAGACCGUGCUUACUUUGUACGGGAGCCGCCAGACAGUUUGCAGAUGCAGACAGAUGUGCCCGAAGACAGACUCAGCAAUGAGGAGAAGGCGACCACGUGUGACAGUAUGACUCUGUCCAGCACACCGACAGUUCGCAGAGGAAGCACUCCUCUGCCAAUUAAGCACCAGCUCAGACGAGAAGAAGCUGUGCAUGAUGACGGCGACUGGACAUCAAGUGCUGCUGGGUCCUCUGCAUCACCGAUCCGCUUCAGUCCAGCCUUGGACGACACUCCAACCGUGGCGGUGGAGGGCAGACCUGAUGGGCCUCUAAGGAUCGCCCUGCUGGGGCAGAACGGCGUGGGGAAGUCUUCUCUGGCCCUCGCCCUCGCCGGCGACAUGGACAGGACGGCAUCUGUGGAUUCUGAUGGGGAGGGAUACAUGCGCACAGUCACAGUGGAUGAUGAGGAGAGCAGCAUCAUUAUCUUUGACAACUGGAGACAGGACCUGUCGGCGCUGCAGUGUGAGGUGUGUGUCCUGGUGUUUUCGGUGACUGACAGGCGCAGCUUCCACCGCACCGCCCAACUCCGACUUCUUUUGAGAGAGACUCAGCCCCAAACUCCCAUCAUCCUCGUUGGUAAUAAGAGUGACCUCGUACGCACACGUGAGGUCGCCUCUCAAGAGGCCAUUUCCAGCGCCACCCUCUUCAACUGCCUCUUCUUGGAGAUCUCCGCCUCUCUGGACCACCGCACCCUAGAGCUCCUGGAGUGUGCGGUGCGGCUAGCCAGGGGCCAAUCCCCAUGGCCCCCGGGGAUGACCGCGGAGGACUUGAGCGGAGGAGGCCAACGCGAGAGCAUCACCUCCCGUGCCAAACGCUUCCUGUCCAGCCUGGUGCCUCGGUACCCGCGCGAGCGAGAGGCAGGCAAGUUCUUGAGGCAGAAGUCCCGCUCAUGCCACGACCUGGGGGCGCUGUGAUUGGGCGAGGCUGAUGGUUCGAUUGUUGACAGAGAAUAGCUGGAGGUAGAACACCAACAAAAGAGAGGAUGGAGUGACACAGCAGUUAGAGGAUGAGAGAUGAGGAUGUGAGUAGCAGAGGAGGGGUGAGUUUGCAGGAGCCAGAGCGAUGGCAGGACACUGUUGUGAGUGAUCAUCAUGUGCAUCCAGCAGUAGACAACAGCGAGAGUGAUGUUAGUGAUGAUGUUUAUCUACAGCAGUUUUGUACACUAUCAACAAAGACGAGAAUAUUAUAAUACUGUUGUAGAGCACAUGUAAAUACACUGUGGUCGUGAUAGUUAACUGCCACCCUCAUCUCUUUAAAUAAAUUGCUUUUUUGAGUCCUGACAAACUCACUGCAUGUUACCCUUGACCUCUGUUUA